UCCCUUGAGUUAUGAAGACAUCUGCAUUUUGAGGUGCCGCUCUAAAAUGGAGGAGACGGACAGGGAAGCGGUUGCAACCGCUGUGCAGAGGGUGGCUGGGAUGCUCCAGCGGCCGGACCAGCUGGAUAAAGUCGAACAGUAUCGUCGGAGGGAAGCCCGCAAGAAAGCUUCAGUGGAAGCUAGACUGAAAGCAGCAAUCCAGUCACAGCUAGAUGGAGUCCGAACUGGUUUGAGCCAACUACACAAUGCCCUGAGUGAUGUCAAGGAUAUUCAGCGUUCUUUGGUCGAUGUGAAUAAAGAUUGGCGGCAGAGUAUCAACACCAUAGAAAACCUCAAGGAUGUUAAGGAUGCUGUAGUGCAGCACAGCCAACUUGCAGCUGCUGUAGAAAACCUAAAAAACAUCUUCUCAGUGCCAGAGAUAGUUCAGGAGACCCAGGACUUGAUUGAUCAGGGGCAGUUGCUGCAAGCCCAUCGGAAGCUGAUGGACUUGGAGCGCUCACGAGAUGACCUCAUGUACGAGCAGUACCGCAUGGACAGCAAGAAUAUUCGCGACAUGAAUCUCAUUGACAACUAUUUUGGAGAUAUGCAGAAACUCUCGGAAGAGCUGGCCAAGCAACUCUGGAUGGUCAUUCAGCGGGCUUUAGUCACUGUCCGCCGAGAUCCCACCUUGCUGGUUUCGGUUGUCAGAUUAAUUGAGAGGGAAGAGAAAAUAGAUAGGCGAAUGCUAGAUCGGAAAAAACAAACUGGAUUCAUCCCACCAGGCAGACCUAAAAAGUGGAAGGAGAAAAUGUUUAGUGUGUUGGACCGAACUGUCACUACUAGAAUUGAAGGCACGCAAGCAGACACUCGGGAAUCUGACAAAAUGUGGCUUGUCCGUCAUCUGGAAAUAAUCCGCAAAUAUGUCCUUGAUGACUUGCUGGUGGCGAAAAAUCUUCUAGAUCAGUGUUUCCCACCACAUUAUGAAAUUUUCAAAAAUUUACUAAGUAUGUAUCAUCAAACAUUAUCUACUCGCAUGCAGGAACUGGCUUCUGAAGAUCUGGAAGCAAAUGAAAUUGUUAGCCUUUUAACAUGGGUUCUAAAUACUUAUAAAAGUGAAGAGAUGAUGGGCAAUCCAGAACUGGCACCAGAAGUGGAUGUAAAUUCCCUGCACCCUCUGCUUUCUCAAGAUGUGGUAGAUGACCUUCUUAACACAUACAUGUCGACUCUUACAACCAACAUCAUUGGGUGGCUACGAAAAGCACUGGAGACAGAUAAAAAAGAUUGGCUGACGGAAAAUGAACCAGAAGCAGAUCAAGAUGGAUACUAUCAAACUACACUCCCUGCUAUUGUAUUCCAGAUGUUUGAACAGAAUCUUCAGGUGGCUACCCAGAUAAGUGAGGAUUUGAAAAUAAAGGUACUACAUUUGUGCCUUCAACAAAUGAGUUCAUUCCUCAUCAGGUACAAAGACGAGGCACAUCUAUAUAAAGAAGAACACCUAAGAAAUCGUCAGUAUCAUCCAUGCUAUGUUCAUUAUAUGGUUGCCAUCAUUAACAACUGUCAAACCUUCAAGGAAUCAAUCGUCAGUCUGAAAAAGAAAUAUUUGACUCCUGUGAUGGAAGAUAUAAUGGCAAGCAGUCACGCAUGCAUCUAUGCCGUGUUAGAUGAUGUUGCCAAGGAGGGUUGUUUGAGCCUACUAGAUGAAGUGUUCAUGGAUUUAGAGCCACAUCUCAAUGAGCUGAUGACAAGGAAGUGGCUGGCAGGAUCCAAUGCGGUGGAUACAAUCUGUGUAACAGUAGAGGAUUAUUUCCAUGACUUUGCAAGAAUCAAGAAGCCCUAUAAGAAGAAAAUGACUAUUGAGUGCCAUCGUAGAGUUGUUGUGGAGUAUAUCAAGGCUAUCAUGUCAAAGCGUAUGACUUUCAAGAAUGCAGAAGAAAGAAGAGAAGGGGCUGACAGAAUUAACAGAGAAGCUGAACAAUUCCGAUUUCUGUUUAAGAAGCUUGCUGCCGGCUCUGGGGAGGAAACAGAAGGACUUUGUAGCGUGAUUGAAGGCAUCGCAGAGGUCUUCAAGUUGACGGAUCCUUCGCUUCUUUACUUAGAGGUCUCCACUUUAGUUAGCAAACACCCAGAUAUCAGGGAUGACCAUAUUGUGGCUCUGCUAACAAUGAGAGGAGACGCCAGCAGAGAGAUGAAGCAGACCAUCAUCGAAACGCUGGAUAAGGGCCCAAGCCAGCCAGGUCCAAACUUUGUGCCAAUUUUUAAAGACAUUACAGUUCCAACACUAACGGUGCCAAAACUUCUUAAAUAACUACAAC